AUGAUGAAGAGGCGAAUGGCAGUGGUGAGGGAAACUCCAUGGACAGGUCGGGAGAUUCCCAAUAUUUCAGAGGACACAAUUGCUAACCCCCUAAGGCCUGUUCCUCGUGAUUCCAUUUUGGUGGUGACGAGAUUCUGCUGGGAAUGGGGACAAGAAGAAAAUUCACAUGUGCCGUUAUGUGGAGAAGACGGUAUGAAAGGUUCACAUAACUUCUUUGUUCGAUUGCUGACCAAGGAUGGUUGGUUGGAUGACUCGAACAUAGACAUGGCCUUGCUUUUGCUACGGAAGCGGCACAAGAGCUCUGGGAACUGGGUGGGUUCUGACUGCACGAUACUAGACACCACUUUUCAGGGCGAAGGGCCUAAGUUGGCUAAAUCAUGGUCGUCUGUGAAUCAAGGAUCUACUGGAUCUUACUUGUUGUCAAUUUAA